GAACUAUUCAAAAAAAUUCAAGACAUCAAAUCAAAAGCAGCUCAAUCGGAAUCCAUGGUUCAAGAAAUUACUCACGAUGUCAAAUCUUUAGAUUAUGCAAAAAGGCACUUGACGCAUUCAGUCACCGUCUUGAAAAGACUUCAAAUGUUGGUCACUGCAGUAGAUCAAUUGGAAACAAUGUCAAAAAACAAGCAAUACAAAGAGAGUGCUCAAUUACUGCAGGCAGUUAUCCAAUUGAUGCAACAUUUUAAAUCCUACAAAAGUGUACCACAAAUUUCCCAAUUAUCAGAUCGAAUCACCGCUUUGAAGAAACAUUUGGAGAUAUGCGUCUUACGAGAAUUAGAAAAUGGGUUCAAUUUGGAAGGCGGGUUGGUUGGACAACCUUGGCUGUUACACGAUGCAUGUCUAGUAGCUUCGGUACUAGGGGACACUACAAAGUAUAAGAUAAUCAAGCGCUAUGUGGAUCUCCAACUAGUUAAUUAUAGACAGAUUUUUAGACCUUUGGAGGAA